AUGGGUAAGGAGUGGAAUUGGGGUGGAAGGUCCUCCAAAAGAGGUGGAGGAGCUGAAACACAAAUCCCUUCCGGUUGCAUGUGUGCAGUCUUUCAGGCCUUUGAUUUUCAUCCUUUUCACUUUUCAUUAAACCACCAACAACCCUCUUUCAAGUCUACUUCUCGCACUCCAGAUGACCCCCGUGUCCCCAAAGGAGCUGAAGCACCUAGGAAUAGCUUGGAAUCAGAAGAUGGUACUGUGUCAUCCAUCUCAAAAGAAGAAAAUUUUAAAAUCCCAAAAAAUAUUCGAAUCAGAACAAGUGGAAGCACAAGAUCAACAGGAAGUUUGAGUGAUUUUUCCUCCGAAAUCAGUGCCUCGCCAGGGACUAAGACACCUACUUUGGUUGCCAGAUUAAUGGGUCUUGAUCUUCUUCCUGAUGCACAUUCCUCUUCCCCAUCUUCUUCAUGCCUUUCCCCUCCAAACCAACAAGGUCAUAGACCACGGCAACACAUCAAAAUAAUGAAACACAGAAACAGCACAGGCAGUGACAACAUAGCCAUUCAUUCCUUGCCUGAGACUCCAAGAAUGUCGUCGGGAAGAAGAUCAGAUGUUGAGCAUAGACUAUCUCUCCAAAUCAACAAGGAGAACAUGGUCCUUGGUGAGGAUUUAGAGGUUCCUCGGCUCUCAUUUUCAAAAAGGAAAUAUGAUGAGAAUAAUAGCAGGAGUCCAAGCCACUAUGCCAGGCAAAUUGUCAAACAGGUUAGAGAAAGUGUGAGCAGAAAAGUUGGGUUAGACAUUACCAACAUUGUCAAAAGCAGAGAUCAAGGAAGGGAAGAAUUUGUUAGCCAAUUCAAAUUCAAGAAACCACCCAAGACAUCAGCGAAUGAAUCCAGCCCAGGAAAGCUCUCAAACCCAUCUCACUCUCCAAGACUCAGCAGAUUCAUAGAUACCAAACACAAACCAAGCACAAAACCACCACCAACUGCUGCAAAAGAUCAAAACACACCCUCACUACUAAAACCACCAUCACCUCCAUCUGUAGGAAACAUUGAAGUACGGCUCUCAAGAGCUUCAACAAAGCCUCAUUCAUUGCCAGAGAAAGAGAUGCAGAACCAAAAAUCUGUCCCAAAAUGCAAGGAAACCCCCCAUAGAAAGUUGAGUUCCCGGCUCAACAAACCUCCACAGACAUCAAUCAGAAACAAGCAAGAAGAGUCAUUUAUCACCCGUCCCCUAUCAGCCACUAAAGCCAAUGACAUCAAAACCAAAAGCAAGAAAACUCAUCCCCUUUCAACCAAUCUUCUCCCUCUCAAGACGGGCCCUUCCCCUCAAAAACAGGUAUGUGAUGACACUACUGAAGAAGCAAAGCUCAGCACACGGUUAUUUAGUUGUUCGCGCCAUGCGUACGAACAAGAAGCGACGCAAACACUCGCAACCCGAGGAACCAACAUCGAUGAGGACAAAUCUCAACGGACCCUGAACACCACCACCGGAGCUGACGAUGAAGGACCAGAAUAUCAGUACAUCUCAGCCAUUUUAAGCCGUACUGGAGUAUACAAAGCUACAAUACCUCAUCUUCAAUUUCAAUGGUUCUCUUCAACACACCCAUUGGACCCUUUCAUUUUUCACCGUCUUGAGCACUAUCCAACAUCUGAUUCCUUUGUUUCCUUGUCUAACAAGGAUAAAGAUUGCAUCUUUAAGCAGAAACACCAUGUGGGUCUACGUUGCAACCGUCGCUUACUGUUUGAUUUAGUCGAUGAGUUGUUGUCGGAGAUUCUGACUAGGCCAAUGUGUAACCGUAACCAGGGAGUAGUGUUAGAUACAGUGUGGAAGAGGAUUCGGAGUUUCCCACGUGCGAAAUGUGAAGUUUUAGAGGACAUUGAUGGGUUGAUAGAGAUAGAAGAGUUAAGAGAAGGAGAAGGAAGAGACUGGUUGGUGGGGGAGAUCGAACGAAACAUAUGGGAGACGUUGGUGCAUGAAACGUUUACCGUUAUGGUUGGUGACGAGGAAGGAUGGGUUUGCACGUAA